AUGAUCAAAUUCUCCAAUGAUUGCUUUGCAGAGGUGCAUACCACCACCGAUGCGCCGCCUGUCUUCACCGCCGCGAUGACCAGGCAUUUUUGGGCCCUGCCCGCAAUUGUCCAGCUCGCGCUGGCGAGCCAGGGUUCGUUCAGUGUACUGGACGACCUGCUCGCAUUCCCGCAGUACCAAGUCGUAUUCACCGACGCAGCCAUAUCCGAAGACCACGCCCGGUCACUACACGCCGCCUCGCCGUCCAAGCAGCAGCCCAUCGCCGAUGCCGCCGCGCAAGCCACCGUCGAGCUCUCUCACCACCGGCAAGAAGGCGACGACAACACCAACGGGGACAAGCUCUUCCGCGGUGACAAUGCGCCGCCGCAGCCCAACCCUUUCGCGGCGAAAGACCCCAACAGCCACCUUGGUGGUGACAAUGACGACGACGAUGACGAGUUCGCCGCCGUGUACGAGCGCAUGAUGCUGAACUCGCAGCCGUACCUCUGCCGCAUACCUCUCGUCGAUACGAGCGCGACGAAUAACGCCUCUUCGGCCAAUGGCACGGCAUCCGAAGCCGACGAGGAGAAAGAGCUGGCGCGGGCAAGCGACCGCGGUUGGGAGCUGCUGAAGGGCAUGCAGGGCAAUUGCAUUUACUUCUUGAGCGGGUGGUGGAGCUACAGCUUUUGCUACAACGAUAGCGUCAAGCAGUUCCACCAGCUGCCGCCUAGCCGCGGCGUGCCCAUUUACCCGCCCGUCGAGGAUGAGAGCGUGAGUAGCUUCAUUCUCGGGACUUUCCCGAAGGAAAACGAGAAUGGAAAGAAGGGCGAGGAGGGCGCGAAGGAGAGCGAAGGUGGUGCUAGUAGUGAGGAUGUGGACGACGAGGGCAUGCCGGUAGGAGGGAAGGAGAGGGAGGAGACGGGUGUGGCCAGGCUAGAGACGAAGGGCGAGACGAGGUACCUCGUGCAGAAGUUGACGGGUGGUACGACAUGCGACCUGACGGGGAAGCAGCGGAAGAUUGAGGUUCAGUUCCACUGUCACCCCAAUACUCCGGAUCGCAUCGGCAUGAUCAAGGAGGUUGCGACCUGUUCCUACCUCAUGGUCAUCUACACUCCGCGCCUGUGCAAUGACGUCGCCUUCCUCCCACCGCAGGAGAACCGCGCACACCCCGUUUCUUGCGCACCCAUCCUCUCAUCCGGCGCCGCCGCUGUGCCAUCCAUCACCCCUCGCCGCAAGUCCAAUCCCAUGCACAUCAUCCCCACCGACGAAGCCUCGGCCGAAACCGACAUCGACCUCCCCGACGCUCUCAAGUACGCAGAUGCCGCCGCAGGGGGCGAUCCCACCCAGCAACAACCGACGAGCAAGCCGCUGCCGACCAUCGGCGGCAUCGUUGUGGGCGCGCAGCAGCUCGUCGGCAAGCCCGGUUCCGUGAUCGAGAAGUCAGUCGUGGUGGGCGGUGGCAAGGAGACGCUAUUGGGCAUCGUUGCCGAAUCUCCGGGCGGGGGCCGCCCGCACAAGAUGAUGAGCACGGAGGAGCUGAAGGCGCUGAAGAUCAACGAUAAGGAGGAAGUAGAGAGACUGAGGAAACAACUUUCUAAGUUGGCCGGACGUAAGCCGUGGCGGUUGGAGCUGGUGGAUACACCGCGCGGGAAGGAAUUCAGGGGGAUUAUUGAGAAUGAUGAGGGUGAGGAUAGGGAAGACAAUGAGGGGAGGAAAGAUGGUGGCGAGGAGGGGAUGGAUCAGCAGCAGGGAGCUGAGAAUGGUGGUGGUGAGAAUGGCGGUUAUGAUGAGGGCGAGUGGGAAGACAUAUGGGAGUGGCAGUGGUUGGAUGAUCCGGAGGGCCAGUGGGGUGAUGAUAUGGGUGAGGACGGCGGCCGGUUCGAAGAGGAUGAAGGAGCCGAUCGUCAAGAAGGAAGCGAGGAGGUGUAUCAUGAAGAGUUGUAG